CAAAAUGUCGGUAAAUUAUGCUGCAGGAUUAUCUCCAUAUGCAGACAAGGGACAAUGUGGACUCCCAGAGGUCUUUGAUACUCCUGAAGAGCAGCACCGUAAAGUGGAGGAGUUGGCUGAUAUGAUCCGUGCAGCGUCAUAUGUGGUGUUCCACACAGGAGCUGGAAUUAGCACCUCCUGUGGUAUCCCCGACUUCAGGGGUCCUAACGGUGUAUGGACUUUGGAAGAAAAGGGUUUGGACCCUAAGUUUGACACUACGUUUGAGAGUGCGCGACCAUCACCUACACAUAUGUCGCUUUUGCAGUUACAGAGAGUGGGAAUCCUGAAAUUCCUGAUCAGCCAGAAUGUUGAUGGGUUACAUGUGCGCUCCGGAUUUCCACGGGAACAUUUGGCGGAGCUGCAUGGAAACAUGUUUGUGGAAGAAUGUAGCAAGUGUGGCAAACAGUAUGUCCGGGAUUAUGUUGUGGGAUCCAUGGGACUAAAACCUACAGGAAGACUAUGUGAUGUGCCUAAAGUCAGAGGCCUUCGAGCCUGCAGAGGGAAGCUGACAGACACCAUCUUGGAUUGGGAGGACUCUCUGCCGGAUAGAGAUCUUAACCUAGCGAAUGAAGCCAGCAGGAAAGCAGAUUUGUCCAUCACUCUUGGAACUUCCCUUCAGAUUAAGCCAAGUGGAAACCUUCCCCUCCUUACCAAACGUAAUGGGGGCAAACUUGUGAUAGUGAACCUGCAGCCCACAAAACAUGAUCGGCAAGCUGACUUGCAAAUUCAUGGCUACGUGGACGAGGUGAUGACGCAGCUCAUGCAAAAUCUGGAUCUUAAAAUUCCAACAUGGACAGUAUCGGACAUAAAGACGGAAAUCAGUGAGCAAGACCUUAAAACUGAGACUAACUCCUAUCAUAAUGGAAUGCUGGAUUCCUCACUGACCAAACAGGAAAAGAGAGAAGCUUGCAAAGAAGAAGAUGACCAGGGACCAAAAAGGGCAAAAGUGGAACCAGCUUGUGUAUAAGAAAGCGAGAAAUGUGUGGAAGAAUGGAUGCUGCGUGUUUAUAUUAGUAAUUUGUGUGAAUGAUGUGUUCGAUGUGAUCAGACAAAUGUGUGGAACGAGGGAGACUUCUUUCUCAUCACUUUUAGAGGGCCACUGUUCUAUAGGAAAGGAGACAUAGAGAACCAUUGUGUAACAGUGUUCUUGGAGAACCAAUCAUUUAUAAUUCAUAAGAUAUUUGGACUCACAGAUGUUGUGUAGAAAUUUUAUACAGGUAAAGUAUCCUGACAUAAAAAUGAGUCGGCAUCAGGAAUGAUUGUGUGAUCAUUUUAAUCUGAUUCUGGAUAAAUUAUGAUGGAAAAUGUAUACAGUUUUACACCUA